GCUGUGGAAGCAUGCUUGUCCGUUUUCCCACUCUUGCCUAUUCUGUAAUAUUCUUUGGACUCGGGCAGACAUGGCUGUAGCAGCAUGCUUGUCCGUCUUCCCACUUUUGUCUGUUCUGGGAUAUUUCCUUGGUUCUGGUUCUGGUUGGAUAUGGUUCUGGCAGCAUGUUUGUCUGCUUCCCACUUCUGCCCUUUUCAAUAUAUGCCGAAUAAAACUUUCUUUUUGCUUUACUCAACUUUGUGAUGUUCUUCCCCUACACCACCACGAACCUGACCUUGCGGACCCCACAGCCUCAAUAUUAGCGAGCAAUUCCUGAACCUCAUCGGACUUAAUUUGUCUGGUGUACACCUGUGAAGUAUUCCUCACUCUUACCAGCUAUAAGUGACUACUGGCUGCAUUUGAGUCUAAAGUCCGAUCAACCACAAAUCUGAGAGUUAGCCUCCUUAUCUACACUUAACCUCCGGGUUCCAAGCUUACCGGGGCAGGAACCCUUCCUACUGCAGACUCCCAGGGCGGGCUUCGCACGCACCUGCUACGCGCCAAUCACAGGCCCGCGCGCAGGGGCGCAAGCGCCACAGCCCUGGGCGGGGCCUCAUCUUCUACCAGUCCCCGUUAGUCCUCCGGCCUUCCACUGCCCUGAUUGGCCUUCCGCUGAUAACGUCAGAGGCCGCCUCCGGCCAAGGUGGCGAAACCGGCCGGCAGGUCGGGGUUGGCGGAAGUCGUGUAGGCAAGUGAUCCCGCAGUGCAGAGGGACCGGGAGGUGCGGCGCGCUUGUGCGGGAAUCGGAGGCCGAGCUGUAACUAUUCUCCUUGCAGGCUCCGGGAAGAUGACCCGCUUCGCUCUGACCGUUGUCCGACAUGGAGAAACCAGAUUUAACAAGGAGAAAAUAAUUCAAGGACAAGGAGUAGAUGAGCCUCUUUCAGAAACUGGGUUUAAACAAGCAGCAGCUGCUGGCCUAUUCCUCAAUAAUGUGAAGUUUACGCACGUCUUCUCCAGUGACCUCACGAGGACAAAACAGACCAUGCAUGGGAUUUUGGAGAAAAGUAUGUUUUGCAAAGAUAUGACAGUAAAGUAUGAUUCAAGACUUCGAGAAAGGAAAUACGGGGUUGCAGAAGGCAGGGCGCUGGCUGAGCUAAGGGCAUUGGCCAAAGCAGCUGGAGAGGAAGUUCCCACAUUCACACCACCCGGAGGAGAGACAUUAGACCAGGUGAAAAUGCGUGGAAAAGACUUUUUUGAAUUUCUCUGUCAACUGAUCCUGAAAGAAGCAGAUCAAAAAGAACAGUUUUCUCAAGGAGUACCAGGCCGCUUGCUGGAAACUUCCCUGGCAGAAAUAUUUCCUUUAGGAAAAAACUGUGGAUCUGAAUUUAAUUCACAUGACGGUACCACAGGAUUAGUAGCCAGUGUCUUAGUUGUGAGCCAUGGAGCUUAUAUGAGAAGCCUGUUCAGUUAUUUUCUGACUGACCUUAAGUGUUCCCUACCAGCAACUCUGAGCAAAUCCGAACUUAUGUUAGUCAGCCCCAAUACAGGAAUGAGUCUCUUUAUCAUAAAUUUUGAGGAGGGAAAAGAAGUUAAACCAACAAUUCAGUGCAUUUGCAUGAACCUACAGGAUCAUCUAAAUGGAAUGACUGAAACCCGCUAAGUUUAAUUCUACAGCAGAAUUUAACAGUUUUGAGCCUCUGAGAGAGCGCCUUUGGCUUUAUUUCCACCCCCUGCUAGUGCUGAUUUGCAAAUGGUUAAAAAGCUUUCUAUUAUAGCAAGUUAUAAUGUUCAGAUGGAACCAUAGCCACAUAAAACACUAAUGGAAAACCGUUUAGAAUUGACUUAUUUUGUGUGAGUACAGUUGGCAUUUUCCAGAGUAAUCGUACCACCCUGCUAAGUUACAUUUCUGGAUUGUAAAUGGCUGAAGGAACUCAGUAUUGCAAGACAGAAGAUUAAUAACCAUGUCUGUAAAGUCUAGCCUGUUGUAUUGGCUCUUGGUAAGGUACUGUAUAUUUUUUAUUAUCUCAUCAAGUGCUCGGAAGAAGGAACUGUUUACUCUGUAAUUUCUUCUUCAAAUUUAUAGUGACAAUACGUUCUUCAUAUUUAUAGUGACAAUACGUUAUAUAUUUAAAAAAUUCUGUCCUUUAAAUGAAAAAUUCUUACAUCAUAAGCUUAUGUAAAAUAAAAUGACACUAAAAUAUUUUAUAUAAAAAUCAACCAUUGGAAUUUUUUUAUGCUAGAAGGAUUGAAAUGUGGAUGAAUUUGCAGAUUAUGAUUACAGAAUGGUCUGGUGAGGAACAGAAAUGAAGGUAUCAUUUGAUUAAAAAAAAAAAAAAAAAG